UCCAACCAAAAGGAAAUAUAACACAUUAUUAUCAAUCAAGCCAAGAAAUGGCUUGUUGCCGGGUCGGACAAAUUCUAGCUAUGAGCAUAAUUUUGAUGAUAAUUGUAUCGAUCCCGGUCUUAGCUCAGCGCCCAACCCUAAGCCAGUGCUCUCAUGAGAGACAACAAGGCAUUGAAUUAUGUAAGGAAAUGAUUUUUGGGAAAUCUCCUUCUGCCGCUUGUUGUAGGCUCAUAAGAACUGGUCACUAUGAAUGUGCCUGCCCCGCCAUCGAUGCUAUGUUGGCGGCUCUUCUCAAUGUCAAGUUGGUGUCGAAGAUCCUAAGAGAAUGUGGCCGAGCUGUCCCACACAGAUUAAAGUGUGGAAGCUUAUACUUUCCAUGAAGAUAAACUGCAUGAUGAAAGUUUUGGGGAUUGAUUGUGACUUGUGUGAUAGAAAGAAGAGAUUAUUUAUAAGUUUGAAUAUCUACUAAAUAAAUUGGGAUUGAUUGUGACUUGUGUGGUGGAGAGAGAAUGAGAGAUUAUUUAUAAGUUUGAAUGUCUAAUAAAUAAAUUGGAGAUAUUGUGUUUCUAUUUUA